UUGUGUCUUAACUGCAUAGACUAGGCUAGCGCAUUUAUAUUUGACCAAGCAGAAGAAGCAGGGCUUGAAUUUCGACUUAUUCCCUUCCAAUAUGUUUGUUUAUUUAAUCCUACCAUGGAUUUGUAUUUUCUUCUUUAUUCUCUUUCUCAAAUUUCGGAGACCAAAGAAUUUUCCUCCAGGUCCUACUCCACUACCGAUACUGGGUAACCUGUUGAACCUCAGCGCGCAUGACCCCAUGAGAGACUUGGAAAGGCUGAGUAAGUCCUAUGGAAACGUCUACAGUCUCUUCCUCGGCCCCAAACCCGUUGUAGUCAUCAAUGGGGUGCAGGCCCUGAAGGAGGCGAUGCUGACCAAAGGUGAUGAUUUUGCUGGAAGGCCCCAAGACAUUUAUGCCACUCACCUCACCGCGAACGGACUGGUUCUGGCGGACUACGGCCCGACUUGGAAGGAGCAGCGUCACUUUGCUGUGACGGCGUUGUGGAAUUUUGGCCUUGGGACAGGGUCGAUGGAGCAAAAGAUUCUCCGAGAGCUUCACUUCACAUUGGAAACACUGGAAAGAGUGACGGUAUGUUCAACGAUGAAUCCUAAAUUUCUGUUUCCUAAUGUGGCCUCCAACAUCAUCAGCCUAAUUGUGUUUGGUGAACGCUAUGACUGUGAAGACCGCUUCUUCAAAGAGGUUCUUCGGUGCUUCAGAGAAAACUCCAAGUUAACUAAUGGACCCUGGGCUAUUCUCUAUGACUCCACACCCAUUAUUAGAAACCUGCCGUUGCCAUUCAUGAAGGGGUUUAAGAACAUGGAGACUCUUAAGAAGCUUGUAACUGGUGUGAUCACGGAGCACAGAGAGACCAUCGUCCCCGGGCAACCGCGAGACAUCCUGGACAGCUAUCUGGAUGAACUGGAUAAGAGUGACAGUAAAGACUCCUCUUUCAAUGAGGACCGACUUGUCAUGUUUAUUCUUGACCUCCUAUUUGCUGGGACUGACACCUCAGCCAACACCAUGCUCUCUGGCUUCCUCUAUCUCACGACUUUUCCACAGAUCCAAGAGCAAUGUCAGCAGGAGAUAGACCAAGUGUUGGGAAACAAGGAUCAUGCAAGUUACGACGACAGACACAACAUGCCGUACACGCUGGCUUUGAUCCAUGAAAUGCAAAGAAAAGCCAACACGGUGCCUUUCAGUGUCUACCACGUUGCAACAAAGGACACACAACUCAUGGGAUAUUCCUUACCCAAGGGUACGAUUGUUAUCCCAAACAUGAAGUCAGUACUGAACGAGGAAGGACAGUGGAAAUUUCCUCAUGAAUUCAACCCUGAAAACUUCCUAAACGACGAGGGAGAGUUUGUCAAGCCGGAGGCCUUCAUGCCUUUCUGUGCAGGUCCUCGCAUGUGUCCUGGCGAGCGUCUGGCUCAGAUGAAGCUCUUCCUCAUCACUGUGACUCUGCUGAGGAAGUUCAAAUUCAUCUGGCCCGAAGAUGCAGGAGAACCAGACUACUCCCCUGUGAUGGGAGUCACUCUGUCUCCUCAACCGUACCGCAUGAAGAUCCAACUCAGAACCACGCAGUAAAUGAUCUCUGUUUACACAGGACAAACAAUAAAGGGUUAUCCGAGUGAACACAAGCAACCAGCACCAGGGAACAACUCAAGAAAUACUCUAAAAGCAAAGUCACAUUCACGUCGUCAUGGUUUGGGCGUCAAACUCAUAUUAGUUCAGGGGGCCACAUACAAGCCCAGUUGGAUCUCAAGUGGGCCGGACCAGUAAAAUCAAAGCAUAAUAAGCUAUAAAUAUCGACAAAUUGUUCCCCUUGUUUCAGUGCAAAAAAGUACUUUCUGAAAAUGUUCACAUUUAAUUAACUUUCUUUUUUACAAAAUGAAAUGUGUGAAAUUUCUACCAUUUUACCUUACAGCUCACAGAGUGUCUACUAACACAUUUAGUGACUGUUAUCUGGAACCGAAAAAUAUAGUGUUUUAAUUUUUCAUCAAAACAUCUGUGUAGUAAUCCUGACACACCACAAUACAAAGUAAAUUCAGGCUAUUGGGGAAGAAGGUUAAGUUAACCCCCCUGCUUUGUACAUAAAAUGUUCUCAUAAAAGAUACAUAAAUGUUGUGCCAGUUUUGGACAAUAGGGUUCCACCAAAUCAAAAUCUUUGGUACUCAAGCUCGGACUGACAUUUGUUUGCACGUUUACAUUUUUACACAUUGCAGAGUCAUCCCGCGGGCUAGAUUGGACCCUCUGGCGGGCUGGUUUUGGCCCCCCGGCCGUAUGUUUGACACCCCUGACAAUUAUAGUGUCCAUUCAGAUCUGGGGGACAGAGGACAAUAUCGACUAAAUGGCUCCCUCACGUGGACAGAGUUGGGUAUUGGGUUUAAUAGAGUUUUAUCUUUGAAUGGGAACAGUAAGGCUGUGAGUAGUUCUAAAGUUUAUAGGGCCCCCUAAUGGCGGAAUGUGUGCAAUAUAGUGUAUGUAUUGUAGAUGGUAUAAAUAUUUUAAACGCUUUCAUAUUCUGGUAUUAUUUUAAAAUGGUGGAAUGCAUAGUUGAGGCCUUUAUGGAGGCUCGUAUUACACUCUACAAAUAAAUAUAAACGGGUUGUCCUCUAAAACCAUAUAACAUGUGGCUUUAGCACACAAAAACGGCAUUGUAAUUUAUGUGAAUAGUAAACAUUUGUAGUGCUACCUGUUGAAAUGGCCAGUAACAAACUACUGAUCAAUCAUUCAUUCAAGCUAAAAUGAGUUUGAAUAAAAAUGGUUUAUAAUGUGUGGAUUUCAAUUCCCUUGACAAACGGUAACACAUUGCCACAGUUUGGUCACCACCCUUUUUUAUGCUGUAUACACCUGUUGCUAUUUAUUUAUUUAUUAACAGAACAGUGACAUCACAGCCAUUUUCAUUGACGAAUGUGGGCGUGUUAGCUGGACCUAAGAUCCCCCCCCCCUGAUGUGACCAUGCUAAGUCUGGCCGAACACUCAGCGCCUCAGAUGAAAGAAGUUUUCCUUUUGUGGCGAUGUCAGUCAGUCAGUGAAGGACCGAGGGAACACAGUGUUCUGCCGCUGUGUGUAUGUGUGUGGGGAGGGUCCUCGGAUUGGAAGAGGCAGCAGGGGUGCACUGUAAGGACUACUAAACCCCAGAGGCAUUGUUACCGUGCCAACGGGGUUGCUGCCAUUUAUGCUGAUAUCUUUGUGAGGCCCAGUCAUAGUGCACAAGUGAAGCAAUUAUUGGUUAAAAACUUCACGACUGACACAUUCAUUUCCCAUUUUAUUUUAGUGUAACCCCAACCAUCUUACUUAAACCCACUUCUUUUAAAUGUGCAAACCAAAUGGCAACAGCUUCGGUGAAGUCUAAGUCCCUUAGCAACUAUAACCACGAAGCCUGAGGGCCGAACCUCUAUUUGUCCAACAUCUGCCUUCUCAAAUCGCCAGAUGGGAAUAAUGUGCCUGAGCUGGAGGUCAGGAGCGCCAACAUUAAUCAAAAUGGGGCACAGAAACCCGAGUUCACUGUUAUGCUUUAUGCACGGAGGAAUACAGUCAUGGAAGCUGUAGGGCUUUAGUGCCUUUGUUCAUCUUCCACUGUCAAAAGUUAUCUGGAAAAUCUAGAAGAAAUGAUACUAACUGGCAUAUUUAUAAAAUCUAAUCUCCACAGCUGAAGAAAAACUGUAAAAGAGGCAUAUAGACUUAGCACAUUUAUUACAUUCAAGGCUUUUGUUUUUUAAAAUGUUGCGUGUUCCUCUCAUGCAAUAAAAGAGAACACUCUCCAAGAUGUCCCAUAAGGAUCAACAGUAUUGAAAACUAUGACAAGUAAAUGAAAAGUAAAGACUGCCAUACAUAUUAAAUGUGAAACCAUGUCCCAAUAACAUCUGUACACCGUGCAUUAUUGAAUAAAAUAAAAUAAUGGAUCAGCUGCAUGGACUUCCCUCUCCUGAAUUUAUGUACGGAUUACCAGAUGUGUUUCCAUUGGUUACACCGCUGCAGCACCACCUCACAGUGUUUGUUAGAGGCCGUUGGGUAGCAUUCGUGAACAAGCCCUGACAAGAUUAGAUAAUGGCAUGUCCAUAAAACACUUGCUAAUAAAAACAAUGUGUGUUUUGACCUGGACAAUAACCAGUUAUUACCAAACAAUUCGGAGAGCCCUGCCCUGUCUGUGUGAAGGUUUACCUCAGUACACUCUCAUACUUUCUCCUGUUGGCAGCACUGUGUUUGGCUGGUGACCCCUGUGGAGAAAUUACAUGUUAAUUACAAUGUGUGCAUAACAGCCAAGCCAGGACAUGCUGCUUUAGUGCCUGCACAGUUGUUUUGUGGAGCCAGAGGUAUCGGGGGAAGAUGGGUUCAGGCGAUGUGUUGAGCAGUGAGGGUCAGUUUUAGAAUAUCUAGUAUAGAGUCUCGAGUGUCGAGACUGAACUUUGAUUUGUGUCAUAAAAACCACAUUAAAAGUAGAAUGUUAUGUAAAGAAGCACAAAGUAAGUGUGUGUUGUUCAGUUUUAUCAGAGAGGACUGGGAAGUGUUGGGAAAAUAAGGGAGCAAAAUCACAAUUUCCCAGAAUGCAGUGAAAUAUUCAAUUUGGGACACCAUUCAUAACAAUAUUGCAUUAGACAUUUGAAGUGAUACUCACCUGUGGAGGCCCUAUACUUAUUUGUUUCUUUUGAAUCAAAUACAAGUUAAGUCUUUUUUUAAUCUACCGGUUGUUUUUCUGAUUAAUCGUUUUUUUCUAUACAUUGUCAAAAAUUUGAAAAAAUGUCCAUCACAACUUCCCAAAACCUUUUCAAAUGUCUUCUUUUUUUUGCUGGAAAACAGUCCAAAAAUAUUCAGGUUACUAUACUACAAACAGAAACAGAAGUCCCCACACCUGAGACACUGA